AUGGAAGAAAGUGAUGAACCUGAUGAGCCUAUUUCAGCAGGGAGGCAAGAAAUUCGAAAGAGAAGACGACCUAGCCAACCAAUGGUAGACAAAUCCCAGCAGACGGAAACAACAGAGAAAAAGAAACACAUGGCCAUACCACAAUCGUCUGGCCCCAAAGCAACUGUUAGUAUUGGUAAUAUUCCUGCAGGCAAAAGCAGCUACUCUGCCAAAGAAUAUGAGUCUUUUAGAGUAUCUUCUCAACUUCAGCAAACUUGGAUGAAGAGAAAGCGUGGACAGGAAAUGACCGAUGCGUCUCUACAGACAGACUCCACCAGAGAAGAGAAAAAUGAAGUCAAUUUAGUUGAUGAAACAGUGUUACAUGAAGAAAAGCCAGCUGGUGUUGGAGAAGCAGUCUGUGAAUUGCCAGAGAAUGUUCAAGAAGUAGAAAUUCCAUCAAACAGACUCUCCAUUCAACUAAAAAUAGACAGAUCUCAGCAGACCAGUUGUACUGGAGACUGGACCAUGAUGUAUAUUCCCCCCAAAGAGAAAGUGAACAAGGAACAGCAGACAAACUUUAGUGAAUUAGAAAUAGCGUAUUUUUCUAGGCCAGGUAGUUCUUUUACAAAGUCAAAGGAAGGUGCCCAGAAACUUCAAUCCUCAGGAAAGAUGUUUGUUAGUGAACAUCCUGAAUUUCAACCAGCAACAAAUAGCAGUGAAGAAAUUAAGCAGAAAAAAAUCAGCAGAUCUUCAUUUACUCAGGAAAUCUAUAAAGCUCCUUCAGUACUUUCAGAAGAUGAGCCUAGGCAAGAGGUAACAACACCUGCUGAACAAAAGGAUUCUUUGGUUAAAAAAGGGGUUUCUGCUGAAAUAGAGCCUUCACCAACAGAAAAAACCCCAGCUGAAGUACAGCCUCCACCAAUGGAAGAGACCACUAUUAAAGUAGAGCCCAGCCCUGCCGAGGAGACCUUUGUCCAAGUACAAUCUCCAACUGAAGAGACCCCUGCAGCUGAGAUAGCCACUAUGGCAGAGGGCUCUGUUGAAGUACAGCCUCCACCAGCUGAAGAGGCUUCUUCAGAAGAGCCUCCUAUUGAAAUUCAGCCUCUUCUAGAAGAAGAGGCUCCUGUUAAAGAACUACCUCCGCCAGCUGAGGAGGCCCUCAAAGAGGCCCCAGCUAAAAGAGAGCCUACCUCUGCUGAAAUGAUACAUGCUGAAGUUCAGCCUCUAUCAGCUGAAGAUGCUCCUAUAGAAAUGGCCCCAGAACUUCUGAUUCCAGCAGCUAUGGAAUCCCCUACAGAACAGGUCCCUGCUGAAAUUCAGUCUCCACCAGCUGAGGAAUCCCCUGCAGGUGAAGCUCCUGCUGACAUUCAGUCUCUACUAGCUGAAGAGGCUACUGCAAAAGAGGUCCCUGCUGAAUUUCAACCUUCACCACCUGGGGAGACCACUGCAGAAGAGGCCUCUGUUGAAACUCAUCUUCUAGCAGCUACAGAGGCCCCUGCAGGAGAGGCUCCUGCUGAAAUUCAGCUUCCACCAGCUGAGGAGGCCUUGGAAGAUGAAGCUCCUGAUGAAGAAGGCCCUGCUAAAGUUCAGUCUCCACCAGAUGAGGAGUCCCCUGCUGAAGAGGCCCCUGCUGAAAUUCAGUCUCUGCCAGCUGAGGAAGCUCCUGCAGAAGAGGCCCCUGCUGAAGUUCAGCCUCCACCAGCUGAAGAAGUGUUGGCAGAUGAAGCCCCUGUUGAAGAGGCCCCUGCUGUAGUUCAGCCUCCACCAGCUGAGGAAGCCUUGUCGGAUGAAGGCCCUGCUGAAGAGGCCCCUGUUGAAGUUCGGUCUCCAUCAGUUGAGGAGGCCCCUGCAGAAGAGGCUUCUGUUGAAAUUCAGUCUCUAUCAGCUGAGGAGGCCACUGAAGGAGAGGCCUCUGCUGAGCUUCAUUCUGCACAAACUGAGGAGGUUCCUGCAGAAGAGGCUCCUGAUGAAGUUCAGCCUCCAUCAGUUGAAGAGGCCACUGCAGAAGAGGUCCCUGUUGAAGUUCAGUCUCCACCAGCUGAGGAGGCCCCUGCAGAAGAGGCCUCUGUUGAAGUUCAGCCUCCAUCAGUUGAGGAGGCCCCUGCAGAAGAGGCUCCUGCUGAAGUUCAGCCUCCAUCAGUUGAGGAGGCCCCUGCAGAAGAGGCCGCUGCAGAAGAGGCUCCUGCUGAAGUUCAGCCUCCAUCAGUUGACAAAGCCCCUGCAGAAGAGGCUCUUGCUGAAGUUCAGCCUCCAUCAGUUGAAGAGGCCCCUGCAGAAGAGGCCCCUGCAGAAGAGGGCCCUCUUGAAGUUUAGUCUCCACCAGCAGAGGAGACCACUGCAGAAGAGGCCCCUGCUGAAGUUCUGCCUCAACCAUCUGACCAAACCCCUGCAGAUGAGGCUCUGGUAGAGAAUGUGUCUACUGAAUUUCAAUCUCCCCAGGUAGCAGGCAUUACAGUGGUAAAAGCAGGGUCAGUUGUUUCAAAAGGUGAUACAAAAUUUGAAGAGGUUUUAGAAAUGGAUCCCAUUCCUGAAGGUUUGUCUAAUACCAAAGAUGAACAGGUUUCCACUGUUGAAAUAGAAGGUGUCGUUAGCAUAAAAUUCAAAAGGCCCUCCUCUUGA